AAAGGCAAAUAAAAAAUGUUAAAAAUAUCAAUAUUGAUGAUAUACUUACUAAGCCCAGAUAAAGGAAUUUCAAGGGUAUCAAAAUUUAGUAUAUACAAACAGAAAACAGACCUGAAAAGAAAUCCAACGACGAAAACGCCACCUGAAUAUACCGGACCACCAAUUUUAAAUGUCAAUUGGAAAGGCCACCCAAACUUACCGGAAGAAGUAAACAACGCUGAGAUUUUAAAGGAAAUUAUGCAAAAAGUAGCUGAAUAUAAACGUUAUGAAUACUGUCCUUUUAGUAAGAAGGUGGAUGAUUGUGAAAGUAGGUCUGUAAGUGAAAUUGUUGACAGAAUUAUUGAUAUUGUACUACAUCCUACCGAGCCACCUACGGAGCCACCCACCCCGGUGAACACUGAACCACCUCGUGGUGAAAAUAACGAGGAAGAUAACGAAGAAGAGAAGGAUAAUGACGAGACCGAAGGGGCCACAGAAACUGAAGAGAACGAAGGGACAGAUGGAGAAGUUAAUACUACGGCUACUACGACAGAAGAGGGGCAAGAAAGCAGCACAGUUGAAGCAGCUUCAGAAGACAGUGAAGGAGAACCAGCCGAAACUCCAGCUAAAUAACCAACUGAAGAACAAUGCGACAAUAAUUUGAAAAUAUAAAAUUUUGAAAUUCUACCAUAUAUAUUUUCUGGUCGCUGUGUUAGACAAAAUUUAUUAAAUCGUAAGUAUUUGGAUAGUGAUAAAAGUGUGUGAUAAAAGAAACCAUAAUGAUGUAAUAACGAUGAUGUCACAAUAGUGAACCAAGCAGCGAAUUGUUAAAUGCCUCCAUGACGUGUUCAGGUCGAACAUAAGUCUAAGAACGCACGUUUACAAUUAAUUAUAAUUGAAAAUAUUAAUUAUGCAAGUUUCAUUCGCAUAUUUAGAAAUCUCCAAGUACGAGGGCCGCAUUAUUAGUGUCGAUUUUACCUAUGUU